GAAGCGACCGGCAGGAGGACAGAGGAUCAGCGGGACUUUACCGUUCAGAUUCCGACUGCAGAGGAGACGCGCAGAGUCGAAUUGACAGAGGGUGAGCGACGUAAACAGAGACUCUGAGAUACAGACAGAGAGAGAGAGAGAGAGAGAGAGAGAGAGAGAGAGAGAGAGAGAGAGAGAGAAAGAGAGAGUGAAGAAGGGAGAGCUAGGAGCUCGCGACUAUGAAGUGAAAAUCCAGAAAUCCUCACUGAAAAGGUUUAACGGUCUCCAACAAACCAGGAAAGGUACUACUGUGGAUUUUUAACAGGACCAACAAACUCCGCCUAAACCGCGGGGGAUGUUUUAUUGGAAUAAUUAGACUUUUCCGCCCUUUUGCCUGGGAUAUUGUUUCUUUCAGUGGAAUUCUUCCAAUUUACCUGCACGGGGACGGCGACAGGCGGGAAAGGAAGAGGGAGAGGAGGCACUGCCGGGAAGAAGAGUAGAAAAAGAGAAGAAAAGAAGCGGCUGAAGGGGAGGGGGGGCAUUUCGGUUUCUCUUGGAUGGGAUUCUUCCCUUACCCCGCGGAUGGAGGGAUGAAACCGGGGGAAAAAGACGGGGAGAGAGAGAGAGAGAGAGGAGGGAGAAGAGGAGAAUGUAGUCGUCGGGCGCUGUGAGAAUGCAAAACGGACGCACCCCUCUGGAAGACAGGAUUGAACUAUAAACCCAUACGGAAUUUUACAGCCACCCAAAGGAUAUUACACAUACUUACCUCGAUAUAUACAUGUAUGGGGCAUAUUCUCCUAUCUGGAACCUAUUUGUGUGGAGUUACAACUAUUAUCACUAUUACCAUUCUAAUUAUGGGAUUUGGGCAGCUGAUUGCGCCCUGACACUCGGUGAACGGAGGAACCCUAUAACAUCCGGAAAGAGCUCCACAUCUGGCAGCCAGUCCCUUGGGAAGGCGGGCCCUACAGUACUACAAUGAGUGAGUGAAAACAGAAAGAAGAUUUUGGACCUUUACCCUCAUCCAUGAUGUUAUAGCUGCGGUAACAUGUGAAUCCUGAAGCAGAGUGUCCGCUUUUACAUCUCUAAAGGUGUGUUGUCCAGGUGGGGCGGUAACCAUGGAGAGGCUGUUGCUGUGUGUGAUGCUGGCAGUUGCCAUGGCAGUGCGGGCACAGAUCUGCCCGAAGCGAUGCGUGUGUCAGAUCUUGUCACCCAACCUGGCAACCCUUUGUGCCAAGAAAGGUCUACUGUUUGUACCACCGAACAUUGAUAGGCAUACAGUGGAGCUACGGCUGGCUGAUAACUUUGUCACAAGUGUGAAGAGAAAAGAUUUUGCAAACAUGACACGGCUAGUGGACCUUACAUUAUCCAGAAACACCAUCUCCUUCAUCACACCUCAUGCCUUUGCCGAUCUGGAAAACCUCAGAGCUCUACACCUCAACAGUAACCGACUGACGAGGAUAGGCAAUGACACAUUCAGCGGGAUGUCGAAGCUUCACCACCUGAUUCUGAACAACAACCAGCUGGUGCUGAUCCACCAGGGAGCAUUCAACGACCUGCUGGCACUGGAAGAAUUGGACCUCAGUUACAAUAACCUGGACUCUAUUCCAUGGGAAGCCAUCCAGAAAAUGACUAGCCUCCAUACUUUGAGUUUAGACCACAACAUGCUAGACUUCAUUCCAGAGGGAACAUUUUCCCUGCUACAGAAACUCAACCGGCUGGACGUCACCUCUAAUAAACUCCAAAAGCUGCCACCAGACCCACUUUUUCAACGGGCACAGGUCCUGGCCACGUCAGGGAUCCUGAGCUCCACUUCCUUUGCGUUGUCUUUCGGUGGGAACCCCCUUCACUGUAACUGUGAGUUACUGUGGCUGCGAAGGCUGAACAGAGAGGACGACCUGGAGACGUGCGCUUCACCCCAACACCUCUCCGGCCGAUACUUCUGGUCCAUCCCUGAAGAGGAGUUUCUAUGCGAACCUCCACUCAUCACCAGAUACUCCCAUGAGAUGAGAGUGCUUGAAGGGCAAAGAGUUGCACUGAGGUGUAAAGCUAGAGGUGACCCAGAGCCUGCCAUCCACUGGAUCUCUCCUGAGGGCAAACUGGUAUCCAACUCCUCCAGAACGUUGGUCUACACCAACGGGACUCUGGACAUCCUCAUCAGUACUGUGAAAGACACCGGCUCCUUCACCUGCAUCUCCUCCAACCCUGCAGGUGAAGCCCACCAAACUGUAGACCUGGUCAUUAUAAAACUCCCCCACAUCUCCAACAACACCAACAACAUCCAGGAGCCCGACCCAGGAUCGUCAGACAUUUCCACGUCGACCCGGGGGGGAGCCAACGGGAGCAACGUGACGGGUGACGUGAAGGGCGGGGUGGAUAAGAGGGUGGUGACGGCUGAGGCCACGUCAUCAACGGCACUGAUCAAGUUCAACUUCCAGAGGAAUAUUCCAGGCAUUAGGAUGUUCCAGAUACAGUACAAUGGGAGCCAGGAUGACUCGCUGGUCUACAGGAUGAUCCCGCCAUCAAGCAAGAACUUCCUGGUCAACAACCUGGCAGCAGGGACCCAGUACGACCUCUGCGUGCUGGCCAUCUACGAUGAUGUCAUCACCUCUCUGACAGCGACGCGUGUGGUCGGCUGUGUGCAGUUUAGCACCGAGUCAGAGUACAUGAGGUGUCAUUUCAUGCAGUCUCAGUUCCUUGGCGGGACUAUGAUCAUCAUCAUUGGAGGGAUAAUCGUGGCCUCAGUGCUAGUUUUCAUCAUAAUCCUGAUGAUACGGUACAAGGUGUGUAACCAAGGUGAGGGUGGUAAAGGCGUUUCAAUGUCGAUGACCAAUGUUCACUCACAGACCAACGGGCAGCAGUCACAGGGAUGCACUGUGACUCCCAGUGCCUCUAAACACGGCUCAAUCGGAUUAGACGACCUCUCAGCAGGCACAAAGAAAAGGAGCGGCGCAGCAGGAGGAGGAGGAGGAGGAGGAGGAGGGGGAGGGGGCAAGGAUACGAUGACUCAGUCGUCCGACUCUUCCCUGCCUGACUGCUCCACGGCUACAUCAGUUGUCAGCCAGCCUUGGGCGUCCAGAAGUCCAUCAGCUGCAGCCGAGGAACGGGAGAAAGCGGGAGAGAGAGGUCAAGCUGGCGUCUCGUCGCCUACUGCCGCCACUGGUUCACUAACCAAGCUAAAGAGGAAGCCUGCUCCGACUAAGCCAGGCUCGGCUUGCUCCAACAUCUCAGCUGCUCCUGAAAAUCUCCCCUCCUCCUCCCCUCACCCUCCUUCCUCCUCCUCCUCCACCGCCUCCUCUGCUCUCCCCCCCUCCUCCACCCCUCUGGAGAACCUCAACACCAACCGCAACAAUUCCACCGCUCUCAAUCAAACCCCGCCUCCCUUCACCCCUUCCACUUUCUCCAGCCCUCGUGGCACCCCGAGCCCCUCCUCGCGAUUCAGAGAGACCCCCAUCCUGCGCAGGGCUCCUCGCGCCUCCACCUCUGCCUCCGCCAAGUACCAGACUCUCCCUGUGGAAGAGGGAGGAAGGAGCAGGGCGAGGAGGAGGUACUCACUCAGCGAAGGAGGCCCAAAGACUCACUUGUCCCCUCAGGGAGCAGGAGGAGUGCCCAAAUUAGGGCGCAUAAUGCGGAACAAAAGGAGCCAAUCAAUGAGCGGGCUACUCCCGAAAGACGGAGAUGGAGACUCGGACAAAGGGCGGUGCGAUUUGGACUGGAUCCUAGAAAGCACAGUUUGAACUAGAACGAGACAGCAACCAUAAAAUAAACUUUGGAUUAGUCAUUAUUGUUUAUGUUUUGUAUGACUGUAUGUGUGAGAUUGUGUGUGUGUGUGUGUUUGUUUGAAUUUGUUUAUAGGUGUAUGAGUGAAGGUGUGUUUGUGACAUAUGAAACUGUUUGUGUUGUUGCCGUUUAGAAUGUGGUUUGUCAGUGUGUGUGUGUGUGUGUGUUCAUGUUGGAACUUUUGUUUAUACGUGCGUGAUUUGACGGUUGUGUGUUUCUGGGUGUGAACAUGCUUUUUUUUUUCAGACUGUUUUUUUUUAAAUCAUUUUCAUACAUUUUCUCCACAACUCUUUGUAUUCAGUUUACAGUUUUUUUCACUUUGACAGUUUCCUGUUUUUCAUUCAGUGAGUGGACAUCUCGCCUCGUCUCUUAGCGCCCUCGAGUUGGUUUCACUUUAUAGCACAAAAGAAAACAAGUCAACGGACUCGCCACGUCAUUUCCCGAUUCACACUCACCUUAUCUGAAAACACCACGAAAAGGGAAUAACUACAGGAAAAAAAAGAGGAAAAAACACAUUACAAGGACUGGAAAGCACACAAUUGUUACGUUCACAAGUGUGUGUGUCCAUACCGUGGCAAGAGAAUAGCAGUCGGUGCCUUCUUUUGCACUAACAGACCUUCCGACAGAUGACAUAACCGGAUUUAGGACUCCACCACACUCCACGAACGAGGGAUUAGGACAGAAAGGACAAAACAAAGGAAGGGAGAGAUUUCACACAUAGCCUUUCUUACUUGCCGAGUACAGACGUUUCUUGACAUGUAGACAGACACAAACUGAGACAAAAAGUAACAAACACAUGAAGACUUUAACGGACCUCCUAUGAAAUUGAUAUUUUUUAAAGGGAAGAAUAAAAAAAAGAACAUAAAAACCCUGUUAGCUUUUCACUGACAUUGGUAUACUACAGCCUGUGUUGGUCACAAGCUACCGGAAAGCUUCUGUACAGAAAAAGACAACAUGUACUGUGUUGUUAUGUUGUGUAAAAUAAAAAGGGGAUAAAAGGAAAACGGGAAA